AUUGAAGUUGUGGACUGCAAUCUAUACGCUUACAAUAAAUCCUAUUAUGUAUAGGAAAAGGGGAUAGUCAGCUUCGGUUUUGUGAACAAACAUCACGGUGGAAAAAUCAAACUCAUUAAAAUCCCUAUGUUAAAGUUCAAUUUAUCUAAGGGUGCGAAGGCUGUGGGGAGAGGCCAAUCGGUGGCCUUCACCCAUCACCCCAGCCAAUAGGAUCACCUAACGCGUGAGAGGGGGUGCUACUGGGCACCUGCCUAGUGUCCUUAUCUAUCGCUGAGCGCGGUUAUAAGGAGAGGGAAAGUUCUUAAGAAUAAGGAAAAGAAGCAGAGGUUAAAACAAAAGGAAGCAGAGAGGAGCGAGGAAGAAAGAUAUCAAGAAAGAGGACAGGUGAGAGGAACACAGAAGUGGAGGAAAAGAGAACAAAGGAGACACAAAGUAGAGGUUAAGGGUAGUCAGGCGAAGAAAUAAAGUAAAAAUUAAAAGGAGGGGGUUUAAAAAGGUAAACUUAUGUCAUAGUGAAAGCCAAGGGAGCUAGAAAAGGAAAUUGACGGAUAGUGAGAACAAAGGCGAUGUAAAUUGGAGAAUGAAUGAGAUGGAGUGAAGAACAAGAACGAGAGAGAACAAGAUAAAAGAGAGAAAGAAGGGGCACUGAACAAGAGAGACGCAGAAGCACUAAAGCAGAUAGACAUAACAUGAGAAAUGAGAGUUUGAGAGAGACAGUGAUGGAGUGAGGAGAGCCAGGGAUUUGCAGAUGGGCUGGGGAGAAAGAGUAAGGUGAAAGAGGCAGGGAGAAUAAAACGAAGAAAGAAGUGGAAUCCGAGCAAGAGAAAAUAGAAAUGAGAAAAGUGUGGAGACGGAAAAAUUAGGGAGAAGGGAAAGCAAAACAAGUGAGAAUUGAGAGAGGAGGAAAGAAAGCAGGUGGGCAUAAGCUUUAGAAACAAGGUGAAAAUCAACAUGAACGUAGGUACAGGUGAACUGAAAAGGUGAGGUUCCUGAAAAGGGUUGAUGACGCAGCACAGAUACCACCCGGAAUCCUGCCUCGACUAGCCACAUAGAGCCAUUGGUGGCUGGAAAGUGGUCAUAGAGUCCCAUUUUUAUUCCAUGGGUCAGACCCACAUUGAAAACUCUGCUGGUUCCACAUUGGGAAAUCGGAAGCUCUAAGGACACUUCAAGCAAUAUGGAGACUCACCACGCAGGAGCAUUUAUGCUGCCUCCGUACUCUGAAAUGAAAACCCCUGGGUGUCAGUUCUCAACCCAUGCCACCUUCCACAAGCUGAGUCCAUCUCUAUUGGGAUGUCACCUUCCUUCAGGGACACCCCAUGGUAUUUCUGAUAUCCUCAGCAGACCCUUACCCCCUCCACAUGGUGGGAUGUUAACAAGAUACCCGGCUAUGCCAGCAUAUGGAAGGGCUUCAGCCCCGGGGAGCUGUUAUGGAGACCAAGGUGGCAUCGUGGCCAAGAGUGGAAGCCCGUACAGCAACCAGAGUCAAGGAGAAUGGGCAGAAAUUGGACAGGAAUGGAGAGGAGGAAGUCGAACUCUGAACAACGCCCCAACGGGGAGCACAGAAAUGACUACGCGUAAGAAGCACACUCGCCCCACGUUCACAGGCCAUCAGAUAUUUGCCCUGGAGAAGACCUUUGAACAGACGAAAUACCUCGCUGGUCCAGAACGGGCAAGACUAGCCUUCAGUUUGGGCAUGAGCGAAUCUCAAGUCAAGGUCUGGUUUCAGAACCGUCGCACAAAGUGGAGGAAGAAAAGUUCUACAGACCCCUCCGGCCUCCCGUCAGUAACCUCCAGGGCUCCCGGAGAACUAACCCCAUCUGAGAACGAAGACGAUGAGUACUGUAAGCCACUGGAUCCGGACUCGGACGACGAAAAGAUCAGGCUCUUGCUGCGAAAACACCGGGCAGCCUUCUCUGUGCUCAGCCUGACGCCCCACAACCUAUGACUUUGAAAGAGUCCUCCAAAAAAAGUUCACCGUUGGCUUUGAGAGGGAGAACAAAAAACUGGUCCUUUCCGAACGUAAUAAGGUUCCUCCUUCGCUCCUCGCAAGCCUCUAAAAAUCUAAGUCUAAUAUUAUAAGUAUUAUCAUUAUCAAAACUGCUUUGUAAAAUAUCGAUCAUGUGACACACUAUUUAAGCAACAACAAAAGAACGGCGAAUUCUGCCUCUUGAAACAUGACCUAAAUAAUGCUAAUUUUAACAGUUUGAAGUAGCCAGGAGAUACCGAAGGACCGUUAGGGCCAGCUAAGGACUGUUAAGGCCAGUUAAGGACUGUUAAGGCAAAGACCAUAUUCAAGAAAAUCCAAAGCCCUGGUUGGCACAUCAGACUAAUCAUCUGUGUUUCACGGAAAAACCCUCUCCUGGACAUUAUAACAGAAAAGCUUCUCAAUCAGGUUUGAGGAACAGCGAUUCCUUCGGACCCCCACAAAUUCCGUAUUUAACUAUGUGUCUGUAAAGCUUAUUAAAACUUCGCACACCAUUAAUUGCGUGAA